AUGUUUCCAGCAGAAGAGGAUUACCAAUCUGAUGAUUCUGCAAUUACUGUCAUCCGACAUAGUAAUAUGCCUAUUGACUUACUUACUAUUAUAAUUUCUUAUACUACUCCAAUCAUUGUCAUUAUCAAUAUGUUCGACUUUAAAUAUGGAUUGGAUUUUAAAGAUCCGUCAAUUUCUGAUUUAACUUUUGUCGUUCUAUCAAGAUAUCCGGUUAUACCGCCAAUGCUAGCACUUAAAUAUCGCGAUAGAGAUCAAUACUUUCUGCUCUUUACUUCCCGAAUAAUUGACGCAUUCUUAAAAGGAACAAGUAAGGCAUUAUGCCGCAGUUUCAAACCCUUCGUGGAAAUUAUGGAAGCAGAACAAAUAAACGACAUUACUACAGCGACGUAUAGGCUUCAGUUUCACGUUUUAAUGGCUAUUUAUUUCUUGCGGUGUGAAUGCGGGUCAGAUGGCGAGCAACACUUAGCUAAGGCAGCCGAGAUAAUACAAAUUUACCGGGAGCGAAUCCGCUCGGGAGUAUUUCAAAUGGCACAUCUUGUCCUCCUUGACGUAUUUCGAGCUAAUUAUUCCGUGUAA